UAGGAUGAACCAGCUCUUUCAAUGGGAACAUAAUGACCCUCCAGUUUCUUUGAUAAAAGUAUGAUUUAUUUCAACUGGAAUUUCCUUGACUUCUGUUUAUCCAGCCUUGGAGGAUGUUUUUAUUCCAGUGUGCAGCCCCUAAGAAGAAGUAUAGACAUCACAGACCUAAAAGAAUGGCCGUGAGACAUCUCGGAAGAAUUAGUCAGAAGACCAGUGUCCUGUUUCUGUGUGAUAUGCAAGAGAAAUUUCGACCUAACAUUGCCUAUUUCCCCCAGAUUGUCUCUGUGGCUGCAACACUGCUGAAGGCUGCGAAAGCAUUACAGAUUCCAAUGAUUGUAACUGAGCAGUAUCCCAAAGGUCUGGGACCCACAGUACCUGAGCUAGGAGCAAAAGGCCUUAAAAUAUUUUCCAAGACCUGCUUCACCAUGUUGACUCCUGAGGUAGAAGAAGAGAUGCGUUCCAUUCCUGAUUUGCAUUCUGUCAUACUUUGUGGCAUAGAAGCUCAGGCAUGCAUUAUGCAAAUCAAUGACAUGCAUGCACUAAUAAAUGAAAAUAAAAUCAUAAAACCGGCUGACAAAGGGGGAGCGGUUUUGGUGAUGAAUGCUAGCUAUUAUAAUGAAAAGGUACACUGUAGGUGGGCUGGUCAGCUGAUUCUUUUCAGCCAUGAUGCAAGCUCAGAAAGAGUACAAGAGAGCUACAGCACAAUUGCAGUAAAUUGCACAAUUGAUCAGAAAAGUAUAGUGUAG